AGCGUAGGGAACAGAUUUGUCAGUGUGAGAGGUCACAGUGUUAUUUACUGGACCAGAAACUUCUAACAAAUCAAUAAAUGAAGCGUCGUAAUCACCAGAAUGUUUAAUAUAUAAACCCACUCUUUAGCUGCUCUCUUAUAGACUCUCUCUCUCUCUCUCUCUCUCUCUCGCGCUCUCUCUCUCUCUCUCGCUCUCUCGCUCUAUCUCUCUCUCAGAGGAGGUGUGGUAUCCACCUCUUAAACUCUUCAUGCACAAAAGCUGCCUCUACCAGAGUGACACUACAGCUGAGCCAACAUGAGCGGACGGGUUGGAGACUUGAGCCCAAAGCAGGCUGAGAGCCUUUCGCAGUUUCGGGAGAAGAUCCAGGACGUCCUCCCAAGCCUGCCCGCUCAGCACGACCACUACCUCCUUCGCUGGCUCAGAGCGCGUAACUUCAGUGUUCAGAAAGCUGAGGUGAUGAUCAGAAAGCACAUGGACUUCAGGAGACAGAUGAAGGUAGAUACCAUUGUGUCGGACUGGAAGCCUCCAGAGGUGAUAGAGAAGUAUGUUUCUGGGGGCAUGUGUGGGUACGACUGUGAGGGAAGUCCCGUCUGGUAUGAUGUGAUCGGUCCCCUGGACCCCAAAGGCCUGCUGAUGUCUGCGCCCAAACAGGACUUCCUGAAGACGAAGAUCAGACACUGUGAGAUGCUGAGCCAUGAGUGUCGCAGGCAGUCUGAGAAGCUGGGGAAGAACAUUGAAUCCAUCUCCCUGAUCUACGACUGUGAAGGGCUUGGACUGAAGCACAUCUGGAAACCUGUUAUUGAGCUCUAUGGAGAGAUCCUCACCAUGUUUGAAGACAACUAUCCUGAGGGGCUGAAGAGGGUGUUUGUCAUCAAAGCUCCUAAAAUGUUCCCCAUGGCCUACAGCCUGAUCAAACACUUUCUGUGUGAGGAAACUCGGCGCAAGAUCAUCAUUUUAGGAAGUAACUGGCAGGAAGUUCUGCGUAAACACAUUGACCCAGACCAGCUUCCUGUGACGUAUGGAGGAACCAUGACUGAUCCAGAUGGAGACCCCCACUGCAGAACCCUUAUUAACUAUGGUGGUAUAGUUCCAAAGUCGUACUACGUCCACGACUCUCUGAAGAUCGAGUACGACAACAGCGUAACCAUCGGUCGCGGGUCGAGCUUCCAGCUGGAGUAUGACAUCGCUGCUCCCAGCAGCCUCCUGAGGUGGCAGUUCUCCAGCGACAGAGCAGACAUUGGGUUCGGUGUGUACAGACGCACCAAGGAGGGCAGCAGUAAGAAGGUUUCUGAGAUGAUGGAGGUCCUACCCAGUGAACGCUACAACGCUCACCUGGUUCCUGAGAACAACAGUCUCACCUGCUCUGAGCCAGGAGUCUACGUGCUGUGUUUUGACAACAGCUACAGCUUCCUUCAGUCCAAGAAGGUGAGCUACAAUGUUGAGGUUAUUCCUCCUGCAGACACGCCUGUGCAGGGUCCCCACAGCACAUGAGACGGGAGGCUGCAGUAAGGACGUCCACACCUCAAGCAUCACAUCCCACAUUCCCAUCAUCACCAAACUCCAGCUGGAUUAGUCUCCAUCUUCUUUUGGUUUAUAAUAAAGAUUUAAAAUAGGGAUCAUAACAGGAUAUAAAUUAAAGCAUGUUGUGUAAAAUUAGGCACAGACGAUGUGGCAACAUCUAAAAUAAAUAUGAAGUGACAAGCAAUCAAUCUGUCCUUCUAUAAAAGUAUUAAAAAGUAGAAAUUAUACGUGAUUAUAAAGGAUGAAAUACACAAUAUUAUCACUUAGGAAGACUAAUUAAAAACCAAAUAAUCAGGCAGAUAUAAAAGUAAAUAAUACGGAUUCUCAUUUAUAAAACUUUGCGUAGAAUUCUCUGUAAAAAUUUACUCAAGCUCAACAGGAAAAUGUGCUUAUAUGCAAAGAAAUGUUUGUACUCAUGAAACGGCUGCACCCAUCCCCACUUUGAUUAACCUCAGACUCAGCUGAAACAAGCGAACCCAUCAUAAAGCAGAAAUGGGCUUUAUUCCUAGAGAAGAAGCUUUAUUUCCUCGUUUUCAUUUAAUUUAAUGAUUAUGUAAUGUUUUUCAUUUUCUAUUGUAAAGUUAAGUUACUGAUUGGUUCCAAUAAAAGGAACGCUAGUUUCCGCAGACAGAACCUUUUUAGGUUGUUAUAAUCAGGAUUGAACCUGUCAUGCUGAAUCUGCAAACAAGCUAAGUUUGGAACGCAAACACGGUCACGGAACACUCACGAUUUCCUUUUUCUGUCAGAACUAGAAACCCUCAAUGCUGGAGGAAGCUAGCGAGCACGUUUUCAUAGCGUACAGUCAACGUUUCCUGCUGUCUCUUGUUGUCCGUGACUUAAAUAGUGUUUUUCUUUUUGGUAGUUUGUCCUAAAGUAGAAGUGGUAGCAGCCGGCUGUUUCUCCUCCUAUCAUAUUAUUGAGCAGAGAACCUCUCACACCAGUGGUGUUCUGCUGCUAAAUACACAAGUGCGUAAUGAGUGGAGAACCCAGGGUAGUGCAGCGGUUUGGCGAGACCGACAACCGGACGGUCCAGUCGUUGUUUUCGGUUCAAAACAUGCUAUAGGUGGAUGUUUUUAGCCAAAUGCAAGUGAACCACUUUAUUAUUUUUAUUUAUCUCCAUAAUUUAUAACCAGCACUUGGUCAUAAAAUUAGAAUAUCAUAACAAAGUUGAUUUAUUUCAGUAAUUCAAUUCCAAAAAUAAAACUUGUGUAUUAUAUUCAUUCAUUACACACAGACUGAUGCAUUGUAAAUGUUUAUUUCUUUAAUGUUAAUGAUAAUAACUGACAACUAAUGAAAAUCCAAAAUUUAGUAACUUAGAAAUGUAUUUAUUAAGACCAAUGCAAAAAAGGGAGUUGUAGAAAUGUUGGCCUGCACCUGCUGCUUUUCCAUGUUACAUGUUAAGAGGCAUGAAAAAAAGGCUUUAAGCUCACUUGUUUUCCAAAUUUGCCAUUGCAGCUUUAAAACUGGUCUGUUCACGAUGACAGCUCUAACUGAAAAACACUUCAAAGACUGACUGUCAUUGAGGAAAGAAAAUGUUACACAGAGGCCAACAGGUACCAGGUGGUUUUGUGUCCUAAUAAAUCUGGGCUGUGAAGUGAGACAGAACUGGUUCUGAAGUUCCUUCUGACUGAUUAAAUAAGCUUUGUUUAAGGUGAGUCAGUUAUUUGUAAUUAUAGUCAUCCAUCCAUCCAUCCAUCCAUUCUCUUAUGCUUGUUCGGGGUCGGGCCAGCCGUGAGACAUAGUCUCUCCAGCGUGUCCUGGGCCUCCCUUUAGGUCUCCGCCCAGUUGGACGUACUUGGAAAACCUCACCAGGGAGGCGUCCAGGAGGCGUCCUAACUAGAUGCCCGAGCCACCUGAACUGGCUUCUCGCAAUGUGAAGGAGCAGCAGGUCUAUUCUGAGUCCCUCCUGGAUGACCGAGCUUCUCACCCUAUCUCUAAGAGAGAGCUCAGACACUCUGAGGAGAAAACCCAUUUUGGCCGCUUGUAUCCGUGAUCUCAUUCUUUCGGUCACUACCAAAAGCUCAUGACCAUAGGUGAGGGUAGGAACGUAGAUCGACCGGUAAAUCGAGAACUUCGCCUUCCGGCUCAGCUCUCUCUUCACCACAACAGAUGGGUACAACGCCUGCAUCACUGUGUUUUCAUUUAAGUAUAAUUAGUUGUAAUUAGAUUUUUUAUUUUUAUAUGUUUGUUUUUUCUUUGAGAUUUUAAAUUCUUCAAACUUGUAUUUUAGAGUUUGAAAAGUGAGUUCUGACCUCAGAGUGAGUCCACCAGAAGUUACCAACAGUAUUACACCAUUUUCUUAAUAUUCAUUUAUUUGCUUGCUUUGUUCAUCAGUCACUCAACAGUUUCUGUUAGGCGUGUGUGUGUGUGUGUGUGUGUGUGUGUGUGUGUGUGUGUGUGUGUGUGUGUGUGUGUGUGUGUGUGUGUGUGUGUGUGUGUGUGUGUGUGUGUGUGUGUGUGUGUGUGUGUGUGUGUGUGUUAAGCAAAAGAAACAGCUUUUUUCCUACAUUUGCAUGUCUACAAUGAGACUCCUUUGCAAAGGAGAGGCUUUGGAAGAAGAGCUGCAGCAUAGCAGAGAGGGAUGAGGAGGACUGAAAGCUGCUUUUCCCUAAACAUUUUAGCAAAAUCAUCUCAAAAGUUAAAAACACACACACACACACCUCUAUUAAUGUUAUCCAAGUCUGUGUUACCUGGUUGUUGUUGACUAUGUGUUGUUCUUUAUCAUUUUUCUCUAUUUAACUUGUUAAUUUGUGUUUAAAAAUCCUGUGAAUGCAAUAAAGGACUUUAAGAAACGUA